ACCGCCCCCGGCGGCCUCACUGCGCGCCCUGAAGCAUCAUGUUCUCCGGCUCGAGCUCGUACUUAGGGGGCGCCAACAGCACCCGGCCCGGCCAGCCUCAGUAUGGUCAGCAGCAGCAGUCAUUCCAGCAACCGCAGCCGCAGGGCUUCCAGCCUCAGCAAACUGGAUAUGGUGCCCCUCCGCUCCAGAGCCAAUUCACUGGCUUUCCGGGGCAACAGGCACCGCCGCCCCAGCAGCAGUUCGCUCCCCAGCAGCAACCGCAAUUCACGGGGUAUCCGGGCCAGCAGCAGCAGAACUUCCAGCAAGCUCAACCGCAGCAGUCCUUCCAGACAGGUCAAAUCAACCCCCCAAUGCCUCAGCAGCAGCUCCAGGCCCCUCAGGCGCCGCAACAGGUACCGCAGCCCACUGGGAUGACGUCGGCGCAAAUGGCGGACUCCUUUCGAGGGAACUCGUCACAGGCACCACCACCUCUGCCGAAGAUUGCGUCUUCGAAGAUCCCGAACAUCCGGCUGUCGUUUAUUACAGUAACGGAUCAGGCCAAGUUCGAGCAGUUGUUCAAGUCUGCGGCUGGUAAUGGACAGGCGCUGUCGGGCGACAAGGCUCGGGACCUGCUUCUGAGGUCCAAGCUCAGUGGAGAUGCACUGUCUCAUAUCUGGACUCUGUCGGACACAACUAAGUCGGGCCAGCUCCUAUUUCCCGAAUUCGCACUCGCCAUGUACCUAUGUAAUCUUGCGCUUACUGGAAAGGAACUACCUAAUACCUUACCGGAGCGCAUACAAAACGAAGUGUCAGGCAUGGUCGACAUUAUAUCUUUUGGCAUUGCGGACGACGCGCAGCCGACGAAGCCGGGCCGUCCGAGGCCAUCGCCCAAUGCCCCUAGCUUCGACGAGCCGCAACAGAACAGUCAGUUGCCUACGAUUCAGCAACCGCAGCCACAGCCGUCGAACAGCGCGCUGCUUUCGCAAUUGGUCUCACAACCGACUGGAUUUACUCCCCAGAUGACUGGUUAUCCUUCACAGCCACAGGGCUUCCAGCCACAGCCAACAGGAAUGCAGCCGCAGCCUACUGGAUAUGGGAUGCCUCAGGCAACUGGCUAUAAUGGCCCACGACCACCAAUGCCCCCUAUGCCGACUGGCUAUGGCUCGAACCUCACACCCACGCAAACUGGCAUGGCCCCUCUCAACUCCCAACCAACAGGGAUGCCUGGGCAAUGGGGACUGGUAAAUGCACCUGCCACAGGGUUGCCCAACAUCGAAGCGCUACAGCGACAAAUGAUGCCGCAGCAGGGCCGGGAGCAGGGUGGAUAUUCCGCAGCAGGCCUCAGUGGGAAUGCCACGAUCCCAUGGGCUAUCACGAAGCCUGAGAAGAAACUCUACGAUGAGACGUUCAAGGCGUGGGAUGGGUUUGGACGGGGAUAUAUCUCUGGCGAACAGUCUCUGGAGAUCUUCGGACAGAGUGGUCUCCCCAAGCCCGAUCUUGAGCGCAUCUGGACCUUGGCAGAUUCAGCUGAUAGGGGCCGUCUCAACCUCGACGAGUUUGCUGUCGCCAUGCAUCUAAUCUACCGCAAGCUCAACGGCUACCCCGUGCCGAAUCGCCUUCCCCCUGAAUUGGUGCCACCAUCGACUCGAAAUUUUAACGAAUCGAUCGGCACUAUGAAGUCAUUGCUGUCUCGGGAUGCCGAGGAGAGGAAGAACACAGGGGCAUUUCUUCAACCACAGCGGACUGGUGUCAGCUAUCUCAAAUCGCACUCAUUCCGUCAAGGCAGCCCAAUUAGCAGCGGGCGCAAAGACGCGACGGUUUUCAAGAACAACGACGACAACGUUGGGUAUCGCUCAAGUGCACGUCAUCGCCUUGGAGCUGGCGGCCGUUCGCCAUCCCCAGCAACGCCAACCUCGCCCGCAUCUGAGCGAUCAGCUGAUGAGCUGUCUGUGGAUCAGCUUCGCAAGUCAGUCAGAGAAAAACAGGUGCUCCUGGAUGCGCUAGACACUCAGGACGAGAACCGUGCAGACGAGGACGAUGCGCUCGACCGCCGAGAUCGACGCGAAGCCGAUGACUUAUACCGUCGCAUCAGACGUGUGCAGGAAGACAUCGACAGCCAUCCCGGUGCAUCGAUGCGCUCGGGCGAAUCUGAUGCAGAACGAAGAACUCUUCGCAGACAGCUCCAGGGCUUGACCGAUCGCCUCCCGCAACUUGCGUCGGACGUGCGUCGCGCAGAACGCGAGAUUGCGGAUGCGAAGCUUGAGCUUUUCAGACUCAAAGACGCCAAGGCGCAUCCGAAUUCAGGAGCGCCAAUCGUCGGUACUGGCCCAGGGGGCUCUGUGACUGAAUCUGACCGCCUCAAGGCUCGCGCAAAGGCGAUGAUGGAAGCGCGCUCAGCUGCCUUGACCGGGAAGCCCGCACCCAAGAGCCAAGACGAUGCUGGUGCGACGGCCAAGCGCAUCGAAGAAGAGAACUCGCGCGUCCGAACCGAGAGAGAAAACAACGAGCGCAUGGUCAGAGAUGUUGAGGACAGCGUCACGGAGUACAGCAAGAGCUUGGUGGACAGCCUCAAAGACGGUGGCCAUGACGCCAGCAGUGAACAUGAGCGCCGUCGCUGGGAAGAUGGGCUGGGCGUGGAGGAUGAUGUCAAGGACUUCAUCUUCGAUCUCCAGCGCAGCAGCCGCUCGACGAGGAUCCGCAAGGAAGACAAGUCGGGAGAGCGAUACGGAUCGGCUUCUCGUGCCGACGAUUCGGCGAGAUCGGCCUCGGCUUCGCGUUAUGAGAGCCCGGCCCGUACCCCUGAGCCACCGUCACGCCCUUCGGCGGCCUCAACACCUGCUGGGGGAUCAACUUACUCAUCGUACAAGACUGCAGAAGAGCGUGCAGCGUUCAUUAAACAACAAGCAGAGCAGAAGAUGGCUGAGAGACUGGCAGCUCUGGGACUUCGCCCACCUGUCAAGUCUGAUGAGAGUGUGCAGCAGCGCCAAGAGCGGGAGAAGAGAGAAAGAGAAGAGAAGCUCCGACAAGCUGAGGAAGAGGAUGCUCGACGAGAGGAAGAGAGGCAGCUCAGACUGGCUGAAGAGCAUGCAGGGCCGCCUACUAUUACGAAGGCAUCUCCAAAGAAGUCGGGGCCGCCACCACCCCCUGUGCGGAAGGGGAAGGCCGAAACUGCGCAGCACGAUGUGAAGCAAGCGGAAGCGGAAGCAAAGAGAGCUGAUCAUGAAAUUGCAGAAAGAGCAUUGCGCGAGCAGCAGGAUGAGCAGGAAGCGGAGACAAAGAGGAUGGAGGAUGAAGAGCGACGCCAAGAAGAAGACUUGGCAAAGGAAAGGGAGGCGGCUCAGGCCCGACUCCGCGCAUUGGAAGAGCAGGUGAAGCAAGGGAAAGUUCAGAAAGCAGAAGAGAAGAGAAGGAAGCAGGCCGCGCAGAAGGAGGCGAAAGAGAAGGAAUCGAGACUGGCGGCUCAACGAGCGGAGCUUGAGGCAGCGAGAGAACGGGAACGACAGCUGCAGCUCCAGCUUGAGAGCCUCGACGACGACGAUUCUUCAGACGACGAAGGUCCCCAGGAGAUUACGCCCCUGGAGACCACACCUACCGCUAGCCAGGAGCUCCAGAGGGAGAGCGCGCCCCCUGCUGCGCCACCGAUGCCUCCAGCGGCUCCCCCGGUGCCGCGCCAGACUAUCACGCCCCCUUCUUCAGUCGCCAGUCCUCCUGCGUCUUCCGUAACCAGUCCGCACGCUGGCAUGACUGAUACUGAGACGAAGAAUCCAUUCCUGAAGAAGAUGGCGCAGUCCUCUGAGGCUGCCAGUAUCCCAACUCCCCCACCUCCGCCCAGCAACACCAGCGAAGUAUCCACGAACCCGUUCCAUCGUCUGACGCAGGAGUCCAAUGCGCGGGCGGCUGCUGAGCCCUCUGUUCCGUCGAUUCGUACUCGCGCGCGGCCGGAGGAGGAUGAGUGGAGUGUGGUGGAUUCCGACAACGACGAUUCCUCGGACGACGACGACCGCCCCGCCGGCGCGGGCAACGCCAAGCAACUGGCCUCAAUCCUCUUUGGCACCAUGGCGCCGCCGCGUCCGCUGUCGUCGAUGGACAACAAGAGUCCUCGCGCUGAGAGUCCUGCUGUUGCGUCGCCAACGGGUGCCCCGCCGCCCCCGCCCAUGCCAAGUGGCGGUGCACCGCCACCGCCACCCAUGCCGACAGGGGGCGCCCCUCCGCCGCCGCCAGGCCUGCCGCCAGCACCAAGGGCUGCUGUACCCAAUAUCGGCGGCCUCUUGGGCGAGAUUCAGUCCGGCAAGGGCCUGCGCAAGGUGCAGACGAAGGACAAGAGCGGGCCGCCGGUUGCUGGGAGGGUCCUAGGGUAGGAUGAAGCGAGUUUGACGGAGCAAGCAAGCUGCGGGCGCGUUCGCAAUGCUGCACGGCCUGCAGCUCGGUGCGCUGCUGCUGGAAGGACUGCUUGACGGAUGCAUGCAGGCUAGGAGGGUCUUGGAGGUUUCUGGAGGGCCUUGGAGGGUCUUGGAGGCAGCAUAUGGCUUGUUCAGCCUCACAGGGCGUCUGCAGGGGUCUUGGGGCGGCAGAAUGUAUUACUAGGGUGGUGUUCCGUCCAGCAAAGACUGUCUAGCUCGCGAAUGAUUGGCGCAGGGGGUCUAGCGGUGUGUAUGUAAUACAUAACACAAAGAAUGUCCCGCGCUUCUUGACUCGCGACAACCUCAC